CGCCCGGCGCGGCGGCGUGCUCGCUCGGAGGGGAGCUGCGCUGAAAUCCGCUUUUUGCCUUCUUCGCCCUCGUUCUUCUUCUUUUUCUUUUUUUUUAAGUUUUUUUUUUUCCUUCCUUUCUUUCCUCCCUCAACGGGAGGGUGGCUCUCGCCUCGCCUCUCUCCUUCUCUCCCUCCUGGGCUGCUCCCUCCCGGUGGGGCGCAGGGAGCCGAGCCCGCCCGCCCGGGAUGCCAUGGCCCCGCCGGGCUCCGCGCUGCCCGCCUGCCUGCUGGGGCUGCUGCUGCUCGGCUGCCGCGGAGAUUUUGGUCGUUCCUCUGAGCUGGCGUUCGUCGUGGAGCCCAGCGAUGACAUAGCAGUGCAGGAGCAGCCCUUGAUCCUCUACUGCCAGGUGGAGGGCAUCCAGCCCAUCACCAUCACGUGGCGGAAGAACGGCGCCAUGAUCGUGGACAGCGAGAACGCCUUCAUGUUGGCCAACGGCUCACUGUACGUCUCCCGCUUCCAGAGGGUCCGGGGAGACGGCUCCUCGGAUGAGGGCGAGUACGACUGCAUGGCACAAAACCAUUAUGGGCUGGUGGUGAGCAGGAAGGCGAAGAUCCAGGCAGCGACCAUGUCUGACUUCCACAUCCACCCUCAGAACGCGGUGGUGGAGGAAGGGGGUGUUGCAAGGUUCCAGUGCCAGAUCCAUGGCCUCCCUGAGCCCGUCAUCCUCUGGCAGAAGAACCGCAUGCCGGUCAACACGGACAACGAAAGGUACACGCUGCUUCCCAAGGGGGUCCUCCAGAUUACGGGACUGAGAGCAGAAGAUAGUGGGAUUUUUCACUGCGUUGCGACCAAUAUUGCUAAUGUGAAGUUCAGCCGAGAGGCCAGGCUCACUGUGUCAGGCUCCCACUCCACCGUUUACAAGGACCCCAUGAUUCUCGUCGGGCCGGAGAACCUCACGCUGACGGUGCACCAGACCGCGGUGCUGGAGUGCAUCGCGACGGGCAACCCGCGGCCCAUCGUCUCCUGGAGCCGCCUAGAUGGCCGCCCGAUCGGCGUGGAGGGAAUCCAGGUGCUGGGGACAGGAAAUCUCAUGAUCUCGGACCUCAGCGUGCAGCACUCUGGCAUCUACGUGUGCGCCGCGAACAAACCUGGCACUCGGGUGCGAAGGACUGCUCAGGGCAGGCUCGUCGUACAAGCCCCUGCAGAGUUCGUGCAGCAUCCACAGUCCAUCUCCAGGCCCGUGGGGACCACGGCCAUCUUCACUUGCGUGGCCCAAGGGGAGCCCCCCCCGCAGAUCACUUGGCUGAGGAAUGGGCAGAUCCUGGAGACGAGCGACCACAUCAAGCUGAAGAAUAACAACAGCACUCUCUCCAUCUACGGGAUCAACCAGGCGGACGAAGCCAUCUACCAGUGCAUCGCCGAGAACAGCGCCGGCUCGACGCAGGCCAGCGCCCGCCUGACGGUCCUGUGGGCAGAAGGGCUGCCCGGACCCCCACAGAGCGUGAGGGCUGAGACGGUCUCUGCCACCACCAUCCAGGUGUCCUGGGAGGAGCCUCUGCAGAACACCAAGGAGAUCAUCGGCUACGUGCUGCACAUCAGGAAAGCUGCAGAUCCCGUGGAGAUGGAGUAUCAGGAGGCUGUUAGCAAGAGCACCUUCCAGCAGCUAGUGACUGAUUUAGAACCCUCGACCAGCUAUAGCUUCUAUAUAAAGGCUUACACCUCCCGGGGUGCCAGCAAAGCCUCGGAAGUCACAGUGGUGAGCACGCUGGGAGAAGUCCCAGCCAUGCCAUCCCUCUUUAUUAAAGUCAUUAACAGCACGGCCGUGCAGGCAACGUGGGAGCCCUCCAUCAAACUGGGCCAGCAUGAAGGCUUCAAGCUCUACUACCGCAAAGUCCACCUCUCCCAGUACACAGGCCCGGUGCUGCUGGCCAGCAACGUCACGGCGUACAACAUCACCCACCUGGAUGCAUCGAUGGUGUACGAGGUCAAACUCCUUGCCUAUAACCAGCAUGGGGAUGGAAACUCGACUGUCCGCUUUGUGUCCUUGAGGGAAACCGUGGAGAGGACAGUGCUGAACCCCCCAUGUGACUGCAUGAAGGAUGAGCAGAACAACAAAACCUCUGCGACGGGUAUCAUCAUUGGGAUCCACAUCGGUGUCACGUGCAUCAUUUUCUGUGUCCUUUUCCUCAUGUUUGGGUACAGAGGAAGGCUGCUGAUGUGUAAAAAUGUGCAGGAGCAGCUGUCGACCCCGCAGGUCCCAAGGAGCCAGAGGAGCGCCGCGGGGAUCAUUCUGAACGGGGCCGCCCGCAGGGACAGGGACGAGCGGGACCUGAACGGAAAGCAGCUGGACAUGAACGAGCUGGAGAGGUUGUUCCCAGCAUCACCAUGUCCAGAGCAGCAGGACAAGGGAAUAACACCGUCUCACAGCGCGCCUGCUGCCCAUGACGACACACAGAUAUCCACGCUGCCAAUGGACGAAUUCAGCAUCAUCGAGGAGCAGCCAGACUCUCCACAAAAAAGCCCUCGUGAUGGCAGCCCUGCUGCUCCAGCUCCCCACCAUGGCCCUGCCAAUGAAGGAUAAACUGCCAAGACUCGAACCCUCUUGUAGGAGUUACCAGAAACCAAAACCACAGCUGGUGAUGUCUUUACAAUGAUUCGUCAAUCUCAGGUCAAUUGAAGAUUUCUACAGUCUGAUUGUUAUUUUUUUGUUUUGCUUUAUUUUUAUAUAUAUAUAUAAGUAUAUAUAUAUAUGUGUGUGUGUAUACAGCCUUUUUGAAACUCUGUGAAGUUUAUCUUUCUGACCUGUCUCAGGCCCCUUGGUGCGUUUCUUUCGACAACGGCUUUACGAAGACUGGUCAUAAUUGGUUUUCCCAUUGCUGCUAAGUAAAGGGCUCCUUGCAGAGCCUGGUGAAGGCCCGGGGAUGCCUCAGUCCCUUGGCAUCACAGACUUCUUCCUGACCAGCAGCUUUAGGACUCCUUUUUGGAUCUGUUUUUUUAUUUUGAGAAGACUGGAUUCGGAGCAGUCCUUCUAACGUGACUCCAAAAAUUGAGGCCUGGGAAGGCCCUCUCUCCGUGGUUUGGAUGAUUUUGUACACUUUCACUAUUUCUCAGGAUACUUUUUUUGCUGAUUGACUAUAUAAUAUGAAGAAAAAGAAAAAAGAAAAAAAAAGUAAAAAAAAAAAGUGUGUCAAAGGAAGCCUGCCUGAGGGCUACUGAAAGACUUGGACAAACAACCCGAGUGAAAUCAGAACCUACCUCAACCGGAAUGAAUGUCUUCUGGGAAGCAGAAAUGCCUGCGUCUUCCUUCGUGUUCAAAAACAAGUAGCGUAGCACUUGGUCAGUACAAGCUUGGUCCUACCUCAGCCAUCCCGCUCUGUACCUGCCACAUCGUUGUUGUUUUUGUUGUCGUCCUUCCUGUGUAAAGCACUUCCAAACCUUGAAAGCAAUGUUCUACCUCAAGUGUGCGAGAAAUUCGUGUGUGUGCGUCCUCACCCCCUCCUCCUGCCUCGUGUGCGGGCAGCUGGUGUUAUGAGCUUUAUUUUAGGCACGGUGGGAUUUCGCCUGGUGGAGAUUUGUGUCGUGUUUUUUUUUACUUUAAAGACUCUGGGGACCAUCACGGAUGUGGCCCACAUGGUGGUUGAUGCCCUGUGGCUCACCAGCACCGUUGCUCUCACAGAGCCCAACUGGUAUUCCCAAAUGGCUGCCUCGGCCCAUCCUGAGCGUAUGUGGGAUGGGUGCUCUGGUCUUUGUUAGGGCCAGGGCACACUGUGGCCAGGAGCUCAUGGAAACCCCAGCCCAGCGCUUCCAAAACCUGCUGAGAUGCUCCUGAGUGCAUUUCAAGAGUGCAGGCCUCGUCUUGAAGAGACCACUGUGGCCCAUGCAUGGCCUACAAGGCCUUGUUGCUCCUGUCAAGACGAGGUGUGGGAGCUCUGACUGCAAUGCAGCGGGGGCUCCCGACACCAAAGAGAGGUUUUGUGACCUCCACCGACCUGCCACCAUUUUGGGAUUCAUAGAGUCCUAGAAUCACAGAAUGGUUGGGUCAGAAAGGACCACAAAGAUCAUUUGGGUCCAACCCCCUUGAUGUGGACAGGGCUGCCCGCCACCAGCUCAGGCUGCCCAGGGCCCCAUCCAACCUGACCACAGGCCCCCCCAGGGGUGGGGCACCCACAGCUCUCUGGGCAGCCUGUUCUGGGUUGUCCCGGCCUCACGGGUCGGUGUGUGACUGAUGUUGCCCAUCAGGUCCCCUGCCGUGUGGUUAUUAAAACCAGACAAGUGUGAACAAUUUGUAGAGGUGGUGGCAAAUCCAGUGUCACCAUGUUUGCGAAAAAAAAGUGAAAGGAAUCAGGAAAAGAAAUGAGUUUAAGAGAAAUAAUAAUUGUAUUUUUUUAAAUGGUACCAAUGGGAGAGUCUCUUCUGUCAGAAGCAUCCCCCACCACCUCCAUGUUUGGCAGUGGGAUGCUACUGGUAAUUGUGUAAAUAAUACAGUAUUCAGGAUGGCAAGGAAAGUCCUGUCCCAUGUGCUGUGUCCUUGGGGAUGGGCAAGGGCUGGGUGUGAGUGGGUCCCUGUGCUUCCAGACCAGAUUCAUGCUUCACACCCCAAGCAGCCUCUCUCACCCCCCCAGCCCUAUUCCUGCUCCUGUGUGUCACGGGGACGUCACCAUCCAUCCAUCACUGAGCCGUGACCAGAAACCCAAACCUCUUCCCAUCCUGCUCCCGGCCCCGCUUCUCGUUUCGUUGUCUUUGUGUGGAACGCCGAAGCUCACAUUGAAGUACUGUUGCCAAAGUGAACACAUGACUUAGACUAGCUUUCAGCUCAGGAUCCCCGGAGCUGCGAAUAUGCUAUUAAUUUAAUAUCAUAUUAUUGUGAUAUUGUAAUAGUAUUUGUCAUUACUUCCUUUUAUUAAAGGGAAAUGCUGUGCCAUUUGACUAGUUGAAAUACGAUAGUACGUUGCAAGUAGAUCUUUUUUUUUUUUUUUUUAAAUGAUUAUGCAGAAAUGUAAUGGCUUAAACCAGUGCAGAUUCUGGGUUGGUUUGAGAUGCUUGAAGAUGGAUGUGAAUCUUUAAAGACUAUUUUUAGAUGCGUAGCUCUUCCUCUUGCUGGGGUUUCUUUGAUGCUCUUGUCAACCCAUAUUGCAGGGCUGAGGCUGCGCAGCCAGGAGGAAAAUGCGGCCUUCCUCAAGUCACCAAAGCCUCCUGAGUCUACCAGACUGGGCCAAAAAACCCUCCAAAUGGUGGCAAGAGCUGCUCCGUGGGUUCGUCAUGAGGCAGGCUGGAGGCAAAGCUGUGCCAGAAAAAGCAGGGGAAGUGUUGUCUAGAGUGGCUUUAAAUUGUAAAACAGGAAGGAGGAAAAAACAAGAGCUUGUAUUUGAGUUCAGUUUGGAGCAGAGUCAGGCCUGCCCUUGGUUCAUCCAAACUGUUGCCCUGUUUUUGCUGGAAGCCGUGGGAUUUCUGUGUUGCCAUUGGGAGGACAAGUAGCACAGCAGGUCCCCGUGUGGCUUGCAGGGAGGCUUGCAGGUGUCAAAAAGCUCUUCCCAGGUAUUCGGUGAGCCCUUCCCCAUACUGUGUCAUCAGGGCUUUGUUUCUCCGUCAGGUGUUGGGUCACCAGGAGACGCAGAUGAGCCCCACUCCCGUGCUCCGCCUUCGGGGCUGCUCCGCCACAUCCCAAAUGUUCAACCCAAAGCUUGCCGGCUUUUGGAUUCCCUUUAUUUCCCUUUUUCUUUUUGGCUGAGAAUGUUUUAUCCAAAGGCAAAAGCAGUGGAUAACGCAGGCGCUGGGUCCAGAGCCGGCUGCUGGCAACUGCCCACGUCUGGGGUAGGAGUCGCGUCCUGAAGUAUUUUCCCAAGGAAGAAAUGCCACUAAUUCAACCCCACUGCCUUUUCAGGGCACAUCCAGAAUCCCCCUCGCUUUUUUCUGGCUGUGAUGAGAUGAAAUUGCAGCAAGGAAUUAAGGCAUCCAAAAGCUGAUAUAUAUAUAUUUUUUAAAUUUUUUUUUGGUAACCCAUAAUGGGCACAACCUAUUCUCGGAGCUCUCAAGUCUACCAGAGAUGGCUGCUACCUCAGGGAUAGUAUCCACAUUGUGUUUAGUUGGACAGGGACUAGUUUGAUGCUGUGACAGGGUAUUUUCACGCUGUUGGAUUCAGGUAUUUAUUUGUCUAACAUACCUUACCUUUCCUCUUCCUUGUUUUGCAAAGACGCUGAAAUCUUUAAGUGCUGGAGCAGUUUGGGAAUUUUAAAGAUUCCACCCCAAAUUGAUUACUAAUGAGGGACUGGAUGUUUUGGGUUGGCAAUAUAUGAUGAGGGAUGCUGUGCCAGGGUCCCCUCUGGGACUUUUUGGUGUCAGUCGGGUGGCAGCUGCGUGGUGUGUGCACAGGGGAGAUGGAUGCAGGGCUGUGAAAGCAGAGCCGAACCUAACACAUUUCACAGAACCAUAGAAUAUCCUGAGUUGGAAGGGACCCAUAAGGAUCAUCAAGUCCAUCUCCUGGCUCCACAUGGGACCACCCCAAAGUCAGACCAUAAUUGCUCCGACGGCUCUAUUCUCUAUAAGUAUGUACAAACCCACUGCUAAUUAGAGAGUUACUGGAAAGUCAUUUCCACCACCACUCAAGCCAAUAGACAGGCAGUGUGGCCAUCCGUGCUCCAUCUCCUUGCCCACAGCAUUGUCCUCCAUCCCUGCCCCUGCUCACGGCAAUGGCCUCAACCCCAUCAGGCACUGGGAUCCUCGCCGAGCUGCCCAGCGGCUGGGAAGGUGGGGAAGAGGAAAUUAAAACCCUAUGAAAACAAGCAGCAGUGGCACAGGGGGAGCGAAUGACUCCCUUCAUCUGUGCAAACAGGAUUUGGAAACAGAUCCCUCCCGAUGCUGGGCCGUUUGAGGCAGAUUAAAGAUCCUAUCUAGCAACCCGAUGCCGGCUGAUUUUUUUCCUAAGCUUACUUAGGGGUGCAGAAAUAUGUGCAAAUAAAUGAGCAAAUUAAAAAAAAAUAGGGGAAGGGGAAGAGAAGCGCCUCGGGAAAUGGUUACGUGGGCUGCCAACACGCAUCGCAUCCAUGUUCCAGUGCUCGGUCACCUCAUUUUGUACAAGAGGGGUGAUGGGCCAGGGCAAAGCCCAGAGACGGGGGGAAAGAAUGGAUUUUAUUGGGCUCUGGGUCAUGGUCCUACGGGGCUAAGAGAGGUUUUACUUUGGUCAGCGUUGCGUCAUCGGAACUUGCAAUAUCUCUGCGUUUAUAAGAAAGUAAUAAAAACGACGAUGCUCAACCUUUGUCCCGGUCCUUUUUGGAGAUCGACCAUUAAGAGUAACGUUAAAAACCCAAAUUGCAAAGCACUUUUUUCUACUGUUUAUUUUCUACCUUUCUUACUUUGAAUCGUCUUGAUAUUUGAAAUCCCGUUGAUCCUACAAUU